GUGAUGCUGUGCAGAUGCUCAGCAGAAAGACAGGCAGCCACAUCUUCUCCCUCGCUCUCUCUCUUUCUCCCUGUUUGGCCCUUUCUCCCUCCCCCUAUUUUUUCCAGCUCUCUCUUCUCCAUUUCCGUUCACUCUCUCUCACACACACACAGGCUGUAAGGUAGGAUUAUGCUCCUAUCAUCCUGCUCUCCUUCAUUCAUCCUUCUCUCCUACAUUCAACCUGCUUUCCGGUUUUCCUCGUGAAGGAUCGCCACACCCACUGAGAAAAGCGACUACAGCAAAUCAGGAACACACAUAUACGGACACUUCACUGGCGUGCACUACUAUGUUUCUUGGAUUGUUGUUGCCAAACAGUGCUACAUUUGUUGGUAGUGUGUAUGUUGAGUGUGUGUGUUUGAUAGUUGGACUCUGAAUCCUCAUACACACUUAAGGAGCGAGGCAUAUAAAUUCUUGCUGCUUGAGGCUUUGCUGAGCCAUUUCUGCCUGAAGAAGGCUUUUCAUAUCCCAGGAUGCUGUGCAGCAGGCCACUCCAUUAGGCCGCAGCAGAAUGGGUAGAGCCUCAAAGCGCCAGGACACUGCUGAUUGGACAGCUCUUCACUGGACGGGCACAGACGCACAAACAGCCGCUGCCCAUGGGUGAGGACGAGAGUCCCAAGAUCAACCACAGCUUCCUCCGAGACUACGUCACUGAGGCUGAUGUCAUUUCCACUGUGGAGUUUAAUCACACAGGGGAUCUGCUGGCCACUGGAGACAAAGGGGGACGAGUGGUCAUCUUCCAGAGAGAGACUGAGAGUAAAGGAGAUAAGGAGGAGCUGGGAGAGGCGGGUGAAUAUAACGUCUACAGCACAUUUCAGAGCCAUGAGCCAGACUUUGAUUACCUGAAGAGCUUAGAAAUUGAGGAGAAGAUCAAUAAGAUUCGCUGGCUGCCUCAACAGAACGCCGCCCACUUCCUUCUUUCCACCAAUGAUAAGACAAUAAAGCUGUGGAAGGUGAGUCAGAGGGACAGACGUCCAGAAGGAUACAACCUGAAAGAUGAAGAAGGACGAAUGAAGGACUUUUCCACCAUCACAUCACUACGGGUCCCAGUACUGAAGCCCACUGAUUUGAUGGUAGAGGUGCGUCCUAGGCGGGUCUUUGCAAAUGGCCACACCUAUCACAUCAAUUCCAUAUCAGUGAGCAGUGAUGGGGAAAUGUACCUGUCAGCUGAUGACCUCAGAAUCAACAUGUGGCACCUGGACAUCACCGAUCGCAGCUUUAACAUUGUGGACAUUAAACCAGUGAACAUGGAGGACCUGACAGAGGUGAUUACAGCAGCCGAGUUUCACCCGCAGCACUGUCACCUGUUCAUCUACAGCAGCAGUAAAGGAACGAUCCGCCUGUGUGACAUGAGGACAUCUGCCCUGUGUGAUACACAUGCCAAGAUUUUUGAAGAGCCUGAAGAUCCAGGGAACCGCUCGUUCUUCUCUGAGAUCAUUUCCUCAGUCUCUGACGUGAAGUUCAGCCACAGUGGACGUUAUCUGCUAACACGAGACUACCUCACGGUGAAAGUGUGGGACCUAAACAUGGAGAAAGGACCAGUAGAGACAUACCAGGUUCAUGAGUACCUCCGCAGUAAGCUCUGCUCGCUCUAUGAGAAUGACUGCAUCUUCGACAAGUUCGAGUGUGUGUGGAACAGCACAGACAGUGUGAUCAUGACUGGAGCAUAUAACAGUUUUUUCCGUAUGUUUGACCGGGACUCGGGGCGGGGUGUGACACUUGAGGCGUGGCGUGAAAGCAGUAAACCUCGUGCAGUGUUGCGGACACGGCGUGUGUACACCGGGGGGCGUCGUCGCCGUGGAGAUGUAGGAGUGGACAGUCUGGACUUCCGCAAAAAGAUCCUUCACAUGGCAUGGCACCCGGCUGAGAAUAUCAUUGCCAUUGCUGCCUCCAACAACCUUUACAUCUUCCAGGACAGAGUAACCCCAGAGAACCAGUGACACACACACACACAACGUUCUCUCUCUGUGUGUGUGUAGGUAGAGACCAUGGGGUGUAUCUGACACAACUACACACAGUGAAACCUCACAUACACUACUUUCAUUGGACAGAUGAGGAACAAUGUGCUUCUGCUGUGUGAGUGUCUGUCAGCCAAAAUCACAGAGGCACAGAGAGAAACAGAGGACACAGUGCUUGUGGAAAGGGGAGGGGAAGGAGGAUAAACCUUAUGAGCAGAUGUGACAUUUUCAGUGCGCAGGGCUUGUAGACUUGUGGGCUGCAGGGGAGAGUCAGUGUUCACCAUCACACGACUGAUGUUACCUGGUUGUCAUGGUUACAGCUGUAGUCUAAAAAGUCUUCCUAUCAUGUUCUUCCUAAACCAAUCCCAUCAUGCAUCUUCUUACACAUUAGCAGGUGCAGACACGCGUUAUCUCACACACAUUAUCAUACACACAUGCUGAAUACACAUACACACACAAACAAGCUAAAUACGUACACACACUCUCAUACACACAAGCUGAAUACACACACACACACAAGUUAAAUAUGUAAACACCCUAUCAUACACACACACACGUGUAUUUCCUGUAACAGGCAAUUGGUCAAAACCUCAUUUAACUAAACACUAGUUAUUAUUACCUCAUUUAACUAACACUAAUCAUUUAAUUAACCUUGUUUACUAUAAACACUACACUAACGCCACACGAACAUGAACAUAGCACCAACUUUACACCAUUAAAAUUCACCAACAAUGAAUUUUGUCACCAACAAAAUUAACACUACACUAACUUUAAUACAACACCACUACUACCGACACCAUACCUAUAUUAACACUGCACUAACACUACACAAACAUUAACACACUAACUUUAACACACCACCAACACUAUGAUAACAUUAAGACUACACCAACACAACACUAAGCUUAUUGAAUCUAACAUUACACUAACACUACACCAUCACUAACCCCAACACAUCAACAACACUACACCAAAACCAAACCUCACACUAACUAAAUUCAUACUAACAGUGCACUAACACUACACUAGCUUUUCUACACUACCUCAACACUAACACUACACCAUCACACCAACCUCACUAACAUUACACCAACACUACACUAGACUAAUAAAACACUACACUAAUGCUACACUAACACUAGAAUAACACCCACAGUAACACUAGUACUACAUCAGCAUUAACACUAAAUUAUCAAUAACACUACACUAGUAAUUAACACUACACUGAGCUUCACAGCUGUUAAUAACCAACUGCACAAAACAUCUCUAUUCUCUUGCUCUCCUUCUCUGUCUCCCUUACUUGUCACACACACACACACACACACACACACACGCACGCAUGUUUAUCCUGUGUUUCUCAUAUGUAUAUAAAAUAACACAGAAACAUAUUCUAAUAUUAUUGAAGAAAUAAAAAUCUAAAAUAGAAUGUAAAUAAAUAUAAACAGUAAUGAUAUUAUGAUCAUUGCUCUACACAAGUGGUGCUGUGUUUUAAUAAAAGACUCACAGGUGGAGGGAUUACAGCUGUACACACACACACACACACACACACACACACACACACACACACACAGAGUAGCCCAGAUAACACACAUGAUCCCUUAAUAUUUGUUUCACUGGAAUUUUAAUAAACACACAAUAUGAACUCAUGCAAAGCCAUACACACAAAAAGAUUUUAAAAUAUUUUUUUUUUU